GGGAGCGGGCGGAGGUCCCUCGGCACCUCAUCGCCACCCCCCACCCCGCCCCCGGCUCCGGACGAGAGUCCGGGAAUCGCCACGGGUCCCGCUCCGCCCCGCCGGGCGGGGGGGGGGGGGAGGGAGGGGAGGCAGGCGGCCGUUCUCUCCGGCUAUAAAGGGCCCCGGGACUCCGAAGCUCGCCUCAGCUUCCUCCGACUCCGCCUUCGCCGCCUUCCUCCCAACUAGAGCUCCAGUUCCCGCUCAGGUUCCAAUCGACCCACUCGGGCUCGGCUACUCGGGCUGCAGCAGAAGAUGGCGGCUCCGGUGGCUCGGGGCGAGUGCUCCGAGGCGGCGCUGGCUGCAGCCCUGGCGGAUGUGCCGGAACUAGCCCGACUUCUGGAGCUCGACCCGUACCUGAAGCCCUUCGCCCUGGACUUCCAGCGCAGGUAUAAGAAGUUUAAUGAGACUUUGAACAACAUCGGAGAGAACGAAGGUGGUAUUGAUAAGUUUUCCAGAGGUUAUGAAUCGUUUGGUGUCCACAGAUGUGCUGAUGGUGGUUUGUACUGCAAAGAAUGGGCCCCAGGAGCAGAAGGAGUUUUUCUCACUGGAGACUUCAAUGAUUGGAAUCCAUUUUCAUAUCCAUACAAGAAACUGGAUUAUGGAAAGUGGGAGCUUUAUAUCCCACCAAAGCAGAAUAAAUCUCAACUUGUACCUCAUGGAUCCAAAUUAAAGGUAGUUAUUAGGAGUAAAAGUGGAGAGAUCUUGUAUCGUAUUUCACCAUGGGCGAAGUAUGUGACUCGUGAAGGUGAAAAUGUGAAUUAUGAUUGGAUACACUGGGAUCCAGAACACCCAUAUAAAUUUAAGCAUUCCAGACCAAAGAAGCCAAGAGGUGUAAGAAUUUAUGAAUCUCAUGUGGGAAUUUCUUCCUAUGAAGGAAAAAUAGCUUCUUAUAAACAUUUUACAUACAAUGUACUACCAAGAAUCAAAGACCUUGGAUACAACUGCAUUCAGAUGAUGGCAAUCAUGGAGCAUGCUUACUAUGCCAGUUUUGGUUACCAGAUCACAAGCUUCUUUGCAGCUUCAAGCCGUUAUGGAACGCCUGAAGAGCUGAAAGAACUGGUUGACACAGCUCACUCAAUGGGUAUUACAGUCCUCUUAGAUGUGGUGCAUAGCCAUGCUUCAAAAAAUUCAGAAGAUGGAUUGAAUAUGUUUGAUGGAACAGAUUCCUGUUAUUUUCAUUCUGGACCUAGAGGGAAUCAUGAUCUUUGGGACAGUCGAUUGUUUAUCUACUCCAGCUGGGAAGUUUUAAGAUUCCUUCUGUCAAACAUAAGAUGGUGGUUAGAAGAAUAUGGCUUUGAUGGAUUUCGUUUUGAUGGUGUUACAUCCAUGCUGUAUCAUCACCAUGGAAUGGGUCAAGCUUUUUCAGGUGAUUACCAUGAAUAUUUUGGACUUCAAGUUGAUGAAGAUGCCUUGAUUUAUCUCAUGUUGGCAAAUCAUUUGGUUCACACAUUGUAUCCCGAUUCUAUAACAGUAGCUGAGGAUGUGUCAGGAAUGCCAGCUCUCUGUUCUCCGAUUUCCCAGGGAGGAGUCGGCUUUGACUAUCGAUUAGCUAUGGCAAUUCCAGAUAAAUGGAUCCAGCUACUUAAAGAAUUUAAAGAUGAAGAUUGGAAUAUGGGCAAUAUUGUAUACACACUCACAAACAGACGCUACCUUGAAAAAUGCAUUGCUUAUGCAGAGAGCCAUGAUCAGGCACUAGUUGGGGAUAAGACACUGGCAUUUUGGUUGAUGGAUGCUGAAAUGUAUACCAACAUGAGUGUUCUGACCCCGUUUACUCCAGUUAUUGAUCGUGGAAUACAGCUUCAUAAAAUGAUUCGACUCAUUACUCAUGCUCUCGGUGGAGAAGGCUAUCUCAAUUUCAUGGGUAAUGAAUUUGGCCAUCCUGAAUGGUUAGACUUCCCAAGAAAAGGAAAUAAUGAGAGCUACCAUUAUGCCAGAAGGCAGUUUCAUUUAACUGAUGAUGACCUCCUUCGCUAUAAGUUCCUAAAUAACUUUGACAGGGAUAUGAAUAAAUUGGAAGAAAGAUGUGGUUGGCUUUCAGCUCCACAGGCCUAUGUGAGUGAAAAGCACGAAGGCAAUAAGAUCAUCGCUUUUGAGAGAGCAGGUCUUGUUUUUAUUUUCAACUUUCAUCCAAGCAAGAGCUACACUGAUUACCGAGUUGGAACAACAUUGCCAGGAAAAUUCAGAAUUGUGCUAGAUACAGAUGCAGCAGAGUAUGGAGGGCACCAGAGACUGGACCAUAGUACCGAGUUUUUCUCUCAACCUUUUAAACAUAAUGAACGUCCCUGUUCUCUUUUGGUGUACAUUCCGAACCGAGUGGGCCUCAUCCUUCAGAACGUGGAUAUGCCCAAUUGAAGAGACGUGGUUUCAGCUUCACGAGAAGAUGUGUGCUUUGUUUUCCUAUUCUCAUUGUCACAGAGCUUGUAGUGUGUAAGCCUUUCAAAAUACAGUUGUCUAGACGAAACAUCAGGUGUCUGAAAUUUAAUAUUGGUUUAUGCAAAUGAAUGUCAAACUUUUAUCGAAGGAGAGGGGGAAAUAUUUUUGCAAUUUCAAGGAUUCUAGACUAUAUUUUCCAGGCAUCUGAGCAGCUAGGAUUCUCAAAUGAAGUAUUAUAUGUAAUGUCUUUAAACAGCUUUACUUUCCAUGCCAAUAUUUGAUACCUAAAGUUCAAAUUUGAAUCAUGUGUCAUGUAUGAUUAUUUCUGUUGAAUGUAUACAGUAUUUUUUUAAGAUGAAUAUUUGAUUACUUUAUUUGUUCUAAGUAUCUCUUGGUUUAAAUUACAAAGUGCCAAGAUUGUCACUAUGUUUUUUUUUUCAAAUUGUGUUUAGACAUACUGUAAUAAAUAUGUAGUAAUAAUAUAACAUUAAGAAUUGAAUCAAAGAUAAUAUAAAAUUCUUUAUCUAUAAACUCAUCCAUGCUUCAUUUUGCAUAAGUUUUAUCCCAUGAUCUCUGCUUCACUUAGUAUCUUUGUGGAUGCUGAUAUUUCAGUCUUUCUGAAGGCCUGAAAUAGUAAUUGUAACAAUUCACAAAACAUCUUUUACUUUAGAUCAAUAAAAUUAAAAAUUGCAAAAUUGCCUUUGCUAAUGUUUAUUUUGCUGUACUGUUGUGAAGAUUAAUUUAGGACGAAUGUUAAAAUGCCUUAUCUUAACUCUGAUACCUUCCCCACAUAUAUGCACAUGUGCACAAUCGUCCAGGCAUGGGGAUGGGAGGUAAUAAUAUUUGUCUUUAGGUACUAUUUUGUAAUGUGAAAUUAUACUAACUAAUUCAGAUAUCCAGGCUACUCUCCAGCUGUAAACCUGAACACUUUUCGAAGCUGAAUUAACUAUCUCAAACUAAGUGGAACACUCAGUCAUGAAAUCGCCACUCAAUUCAUUAAAUAGUAGGACACAAGUCUAAAAUCAUUGAUACAUAAUUCAUUCAUAACUGAGAAAUUAUGAUGCAUUUAUAAGACAAAGUAUCUCACAUUUUUUAAAGGUCUUAUCUUGCGCCUUUACAUUAAUACAUUAAUAGUGACAGCUUCUUUUUGUUGUUGUAUGUUCUUAGCCUGGUUGUUCAUGACUAAUGAGCAGUACUUGGAUGUCUUUCUAUCAAAAACUUAUUCAGUACUGGAAAAGGUUAGCGAAGGAGACUUUUAUAGCUAAACCUAUUAUAUAUUAACCAUCUUUCUUACAACUUUUUUGAGUAAAGCCUUGAAUCUGGGUCUGAAACAUGUUGUUUGCUUUAACUUCAAAGUAAAGUAAUAGUUUGAUUUCCUGAAAGAAUCCGUGAUGCGAGUUAAUGAUGAUACAUACCAGGGAACAUUACUGAAAGCCUUCUGUGAUUCUUUUCCUGUUACAGGAAUGUUAUUAAUGUCUUAACAGUUUCAUGAUCUGUGCACUGUACCUGUUAUGGAUAACAGCACAACAUACAACCAUGAUGCUUUGUGUUCUUUAUAAUUUCUUUUUCAUUUCUUAUAUAUGAAGAGAUAUGGGAAUUUUCUAUCAUAGCUCUUUAAAAAUAACCAGAAAUUACUUCACAUCUAAAACCCAUUUUCUUUCCCUUGUCACCUCUGUGGCAAAGUCAAAAAGACCAGAAUAAUAACAAUGCUAUGUUUUCAUUGUAGUGAUUUACCUUAGUAAUAUGAUAUUUAGAUUCUACAGUGUAAACUUUGAAUUUAACAGUGUAAUAUAAGUUGCCUUUAUCAAGUGUUUCCCCCCACCAAAAAAAAAGAGAACAAUAAGUGGAUAUUGUAGAAAUUAUAAAAAAUACACACAAACAAAAUAUUAGGAGUCCAACAUAGAAUGUAGUUUUUUGCUGUUGCUUUUUGCUGUUGUUAUUUUUCCUGUCAGAAUAGACAGUCUUUCCAGAACAUUGUAAUGUACCGUAUUUCACUUUAGGUCUCAAUUUUUGUAUCAAUAACAUUCUCAUUAUAUAAUUAGGUGAGAAGUUCUUUCUUUUUAUUGGUUAAACAUUUUCAACAAUCACAACAGAGAGAUGGAAAAUUUUACUCUGUGUGCCUUAUGAUAAUGUCUACUUCUCUGAUGUGGUUAUCACUCACAUCAAAAUGAGAGUCCUUGGGGGUGCCUGGGUUGCUCAGUCUGUUGAGCGAGUCUUGAUUUCAGCUCAGGUAAUAACUCAGCUCUCUCUGCCCCUCCCAUGUGUGCUCUCUCUCUCACACACACAAUAAAUAAGUAAGCAUUAAAAAAAUGACAGUCCUGUACCUUUUUUUUUUUAUAAGUUUAUUUAUUGUGAGAGAGAGAGAGUCAGAGGGAGUCGCAGAGAGAGAGAGGGUCAGAGAGAAUUGCAAGCAGGCUUGCACUAUCAGCACAGAGCCUGACGUGGGGCUUGAACCCAGAAACUGUGAGAUCUUGACCUGAGCCAAAAUCAAGCAUCACACUUAACUGACUGAGCCACCAAAGUGCCCCAAGAGUCCUCUUUGUUGACUAUUUUAGAAUAAGUGUUUUUACCAUUUCUAAUCUUUGAUGUUCUAGAAAACAUAAAGAUUUCUUUCCAUCAUUUUUUAAUAUUAAUGAGUGUUAGUAAUUAUUACCCAGAAAAGAAUUUACCCCUUAAUAUUAGCCCUUAUAUGUACCCUUUAAUAUUAGUUUACUCAGAAAAUACCUGUCUUUGAUAACCAAAACUCGAACUGUAAACAUUUUCCCUAGAAUGUUUCCCACUUUAUAACACUUGAACUCUGAUGGUCAGCUCCUUUCAUAUAUUUUUUUCCUGUUCAUUUGAUAUUUUUCACUUUGCCCUGUUCUUAACUGAUGUAUUCAUCUCCAACAUAAAAUGAGGGAUUUAGCCACCAUGUUCCUCAAGUUCAAAAAAUAACCAGUGACAAUAAAUGGACUUUUCUUGUGGCAACAGUGAAAGAAUGCACGUAUUUUUUCCUCUGACUCGAGCACUCCCCUUAGCAAUAUCAAUUCAACAUUUGUCAACCAUCAGGGUUAUAGCCAUUGCUAUGCGGGAUCAUACAGGAGGUUGUCUGAAUAAGGAGCCUAUUCUUCAAAUAAUACAGGAGAGAGCGCAGACAGAUCUGGGGGAAGUGAUGAAGGGUAAUAUGUUUUCCUCUCGUGUUCAGCUGCAGCUGCAGGGCAAAUAUCUUUUCACUGUCUCUGGUUCUGCAGCCAUUGGAUCUAGUGAUGAAAGCAACAUAAAAUAGGUUUCCUGUUGCUCUUCCUGUUUAGAACAAGCCAGUGCAGACAUACCUAUAGAAACCUAAACGGUAACACAGCUUUCUGCCUGGCCUCACACCUCUGAGAUGAUUUCUUUUUGCCUAUUUGAGUCAUGUCCUGAACGGGGGGUCCUUUAGAGUCGUGGGUUCCAUUCAUCUAUAUAUUCCUUUCAGAGAGACAAGCACUGAGCUAUGAACUUUGCUAGGUAGAAUGUUUUGAUGAAAGAAAAUAGAAAUCUAAGCAUACCAAUGUCAUGUCCUUUAUGCAGUAGAGUUCAUUUAUCAUUCACGAUGCGUUAGAAUUAAAAUGUAGAUAAAUUUUCCCACUAAAGCCAGCCUUCGGGGGGGAAAAGAAUCAAAUGAACUCCCUACUAAUUUUUCUGCUCUAUUAUCUUAUUAAUGGUGAUUUGUAGAGAAUUGCAGAGAAACAUUCAUAGUUUAGGGCAGAAUUUCUUAAUUGGUAGUAUGAGAAAUUAAGAUACAGUAGCUGUAAGUUUUUUUUUUUUUUUUUGUCUCUCUGUAAUUUAAAACAUUACAUCUGGAUUUUAACCCUUGGCAAGAACUGUGCAGAGAAUGUAAUGUUUAUUUACAUGAAAAAAUGUAUUUUUGUGGUAGAUAUGCUUAUGCUACAGGGCAUGUCAUUCAGAACUUUACUUAUGAUUUCCAGUUUUUCCUAUGAUCUGUGCUGGGCCAGAGAGAGGUAUUUGGCCCUCACAUACUCUGUGUAGACAAUCUCACCUAGAAAGCCGCACUGUAUUUUAAAAGAACAGUGUGAUAUAAUGGUCAGAAGGCCUGAGUUCAGGUUAUAGCUCUUACUUUCAGUACCGCAUUUUAGAAAGCACUCACAGACUGUUAGUUCUUACUUAGACCAAUAAGACAAAGGUAGGGGGGGACAUCAGUUUUGUAAAUGCUAUUGUUUGAUCAAUAGCCGAAUGGAUGGUGAGUCAGUGGAGACAUCUUCCGAGUUCGUUGUCAGGGACACACUGUCACCAUCACCUGUCUAUCCUUCAAAGCUUCUGCGCUAAGUUAUCCACCCUCUCCCAGGCUGGGAUGUGUGGGCUGCUUUACAGAGAAGGGGAUUUUGCAUUUCCUCCACCGAUGCAGGUGACCAAAAUGUCAAUCUUCCUCCACCGCUGCUUUCAUUUGCUUAUUUUAGCUUUUUCUCUGAGUGUAUGAGGACAUUUCAGUGAAUUCCAUUCCCAGGCAGUGUUCUGCCCCUUUCAUGUGCCAAUUACUCUCAGACUUUGCACUUCUAUAACUCAGCCUUGUGAGGGAAAGUUAACAACCCCUUUAUGGUAACCAGUAGGGCAAGGUAAACUAGGUAAACUGUAUAUGCAAUGAAAUAGCCACAGGUGCCCAGGGCCCAUGUUUCUCUCCCUUUUCCCCUGCUGCUCACUCCACUAAUGGAAGGAAUAAA